ACCUCUGAGCGACAGAGCUACUCAACUGAUCCGAUCCCUGCGAAGGAACCACCUGAAAAUCUCAUCGAAAGAGGCCACCGAAGUCAGGGACGCUCAAGCACCUCCCUCCCAAUCCCUUUCCGCCCAGCAAUCGCCUUUCAGCACGAUUAGUGCUGCACCUAGAUUCUCUGCAGCAGCUCAAGGAGAACUGUCAAAAUUUCCAUCCUAGAGGAUCUUGAGUUUGCGGAGGAAGAAAGCAUGGGUGCGGGAGCGAGCGCUGAGGACAAAAAGUCCAAGGAGUUGGAAAAGCAACUCCAGGAAGAUGCCGAUAAGGACUCUAAAACCGUCAAGCUGCUGCUGCUUGGUGCCGGUGAGUCAGGGAAAAGCACCAUUGUAAAACAAAUGAAGAUUCUGCAUCAAGGUGGUUACACGAAAGAGGAACAAAUGGAGUUCCGGGCCAUCAUCUACGGCAACAUCCUGCAGUCUGCUCUGGCCAUCAUCAGGGGCAUGGAGAUGCUGGGCAUCGACUUCGGCUCGCCCGCCUCACAGGAGAACGCACAGAAGCUGCAGAACCUGUCGGACUCCAUCGAGGAGGGCACGAUGCCCGCCGAGCUGGCCGACGUCAUCAAGAAGCUGUGGGCGGACUCCGGGGUGCAGGCGGCGUUCGACAGGGCCGCCGAGUACCAGCUGAACGACUCUGCUGGAUACUACCUGAACGAAAUGGACAGAAUCUGCAAGCCCGACUAUCUCCCCACCGAGCAGGAUGUGCUGCGGUCUCGAGUCAAAACAACCGGUAUCAUCGAGGAGCAGUUCUCCUGCAAAGAGCUGCACUUCAGGAUGUUCGACGUGGGAGGCCAGAGGUCAGAGAGGAAGAAGUGGAUCCACUGCUUCGAGGGCGUGACCUGCAUCAUCUUCUGUGGAGCCCUCAGCGCGUACGACAUGGUGCUGGUGGAGGACGACGAAGUGAACCGCAUGCACGAGUCGCUCCAUCUAUUCAACAGCAUCUGCAACCACAGGUUCUUCGCCCUGACCUCCAUCGUGCUCUUCCUCAACAAGAAGGAUCUCUUUGAGGAGAAGAUCAAGAAAGUCCAUCUGAGUAUCUGUUUCCCAGACUAUGAUGGCCCCAACACGUAUGAUGACGCCAGCAACUACAUCAAGACGCAGUUCUUGGACCUGAACAUGAAGAAGGGCGUGAAGGAAAUCUACUCCCACUUGACCUGUGCCACAGACACCAAGAACGUCGAGAUCGUGUUCAACGCUGUGACAGACAUCAUCAUCAAAGAAAACCUUAAAGAUUGUGGUCUUUUCUGAGCAGCUCCGGAGUGAAAAUACAAGAGAACUUCCUUUCCUACCAUUAACUGAGAAGUGUCCUGGAGGAGCACAGAGGAUCCUCCGUUUGUUGAGUUCCUGCCAAGACGUCCACGUCCUGGUCCCGGUCAUUUACUGCUACUAGCACCUCCCUGCAGCACAGUGCACGUCCAGCUGGGUUCAAACAACUAUUGGAGUCACUAUAUUGUUCUUUUGGACAUAGAGCUUUCCGCAACAAACAUAGAUUUUUUUUCUAAAGUUCAGUUUUUAGCACAAAAAAACUUCUGCUUUGAAGAAUAAAUAGCUGCUUGUUCAAUCCUAAUUGGAUGCACGUGGUGCAUGAUGUAAUUAUUGCUAAGACCAAAGUCUCUAAUUUAAACGAACAAAGCGUUUGGAAAACAAUACUUUAAAUAGCAAAGACGCAAUCUUGUAAAUGUUUAUGAGUACAGUAGUCUCUGUGGUCCAGAUAUUUUAACUGUAAAAGUUACUGAAUAUCUCAGAUGUUGCCAGUGCUUGCAGUAUAUCCAGAUUACAAACCAAACUGUACACGUGUCUAAAUUAAUUAGUGUUAAUUUAUUAAAACAUUUUCUUGAUAUUUAUUUCAGGGGGUCAAACAUGGUAGAGAAACUUUGUACAUAAGAGUAGAUUAUUCAUUAUAUUUUGAAAGAUAAUUCUUUACUGAAUGUAUGAGAGAGGGAGACACUAGAGGCACGACGCUUUAUUGUGAAAAGUGAGAGGAAACCUACUACGAAUUUGACCUUUCUAAUGAAAUGUAGAGGCAUGAAAUAAAAAAUGCAACUUCA